GUGAUGCCGGUUGGCCUUUCCAUUAUUUUGUUGUUUUCAGUUUUGCCCCCGUCUAAACCCUAAACCCUCGCCCAAAGCUCCAUCUCUGUCCGGCACAGUUUCAAUGGCGAAGACAGCCAAAGGAGCCGGCGGCGACAACAAUGCUAAGAAAAAGAACAAGAAGAACAACAAGUCAGGUCCAAAUGUUGUGGCAAUGAAGCUCAAGAAUCCAAAAGACAACCCUUUCGAGACCAUUUGGUCCCGCCGCAAAUUCGACAUCCUCGGCAAGAAGAAGGGCAAGGGCGAAGAACGCCGAAUCGGCCUUGCACGAUCCCUUGCCAUCGAGAAGAGGAAGAAAACACUUCUGAAGGAGUAUGAGCAAAGCGGGAAGUCGUCGGUGUUCGUAGACAAACGAAUCGGGGAGAAGAAUGAUGACCUCGGAGAGUUUGAUAAGGCAAUUAUGCGGUCCCAGCGCGAGCGUCAGUUGAAAUUAAGCAAGAAGAGCAAGUAUAACUUAUCAGAUGGAGAAGAAGAAGAUUUCGAAAUUCAGGGCUUUGGUCCCUUUUCAGAUCAGGAUGAUUUUGAGGAUGGAAUGCUGUCUGAUGAUGAUAAAGUUGAUGCAGAAGCAGAUGAAACAAGGAGGAAGUUGGCCAAAUUGAAGCAAAUUAAUGAUAAUGAUACACCCCAGCAAGUGGAGCAGGGCAUGGAAGGGGAGGAAAAUAAGCACAAAACCAAGAAGGAAGUUAUGGAGGAGGUUAUUUUGAAGAGCAAGUUCUUCAAGGCUCAAAAAGCAAAAGAUAAGGAGGAAAAUGAAAAGUUGAUGGAAGAAUUAGAUAAAAGCUUCACAUCUUUAGUGCAAUCUCAGGCCUUAUUAUCUUUGACUGAACCGAGCAAGAUGAAUGCCUUGAAGGCGCUUGUGAAUUCCAGCCUUCCUAAUGAGCAUGUAAAGAAGGAUGAUUUAGUGAGUCAAAAACCAGAAGUUCUUAGGCAGCAGGAAAAGCCUGAUGCUUAUGAUAAACUUGUCAAAGCAAUGUCGUUGGAUAUUCGUGCUUAUCCAUCAGACAGGACAAAGACACCAGAAGAGAUUGCCCAGGAGGAGAGAGAACGACUAGAGCGAUUAGAGGAAGAGCGAAAGAAACGGAUGCUUGCAAUUAAUGACUCUAGUGAUGAAGAGAAUGAUGAUAAUGAGAAGCCAUUGACCCAGAGGCCAAGGUCAAUUUCUGGGGAUGAUCUGGGUGAUUCCUUUUCUCUCCAUGACGAGCCUAAGCCUGGAAAGGGCUGGGUUGAUGAGAUUCUUGAAAGAAGGGAUGUGGAUGACUCUGAGAAUGAAGAUGAUAAUUCUUCUGAAGAUUCAGAAAAUGCUGAAGAUGAUGGUGAUAGUGAAGGAUCUGAUGAAAGUGAAAGUGAUGAACAUAAGGAUGUAAGUGAUAAAACUUUGUCUCUGAAGGACUGGGAACAGAGUGAUGAUGAUAAUCUUGGCACAGAUUUGGAAGAUAAUGAAGAAGAGCACAAUGACAAGCUUGAUGAUGAAAAUGAAGAAAUGGAGCGAAGAGGCUGCAAGAAGCCAAAGAAAAAUGAUAAUAUCAAUUCUAGGGAAGGAGAUGGAGAAUCUUUGGUUGCGAAGCACGUAAAUCAGCUUUCAACUGAACCAGACAUUCCCUUUUUAAUUGAAGCCCCAAAGAGCUUUGAAGAACUAUGUGCAUUAUUGGAUAAUUGUUCUAAUGCCAAUGUUAUUGUUGUAGUCAAUCGAAUUCGGGCAAGCAAUGCUAUAAAACUUGCUGCAGAAAAUCGGAAGAAAAUGCAAGUAUUUUAUGGUGUAUUAUUGCAAUAUUUUGCUGUCUUAGCAAAUAGAAAGCCAUUGAACUUUGAGUUGUUAAAUUUGCUGGUCAAGCCACUGAUAGAGAUGAGCAUGGAGAUUCCAUACUUUUCUGCAAUAUGUGCUCGUCAGCGGAUCUUGCAUACUCGAGCACAAUUGUGUGAAUCUCUUAAGAACUCAGAGAAUGGUGCUUGGCCUUCUGUGAAAACAUUAUGUCUCUUGCAGUUGUGGUCAAUGAUUUUUCCAUGCUCUGACUUUCGUCAUGUUGUGAUGACUCCGGCAAUAUUAUUGAUGUGUGAAUAUUUGACGCGUUGCCCCAUCACAUCUGGUCGUGAUGUUGCAGUUGGUUCUUUCUUAUGCUCAAUGGUUUUCUCUGUCAUUAAACAAUCUAAGAAAUUCUGUCCUGAAGCCAUAAUGUUUCUCCAAUCAUUAUUAAUGGCAGCAAUUGAAAGAAAACAAACAUCUUACGAGGAACCUCAGUUUUAUCAUCUUGUGGAACUAAAAGCACUCGGGCCCCUGCUGUUUAUUCGGCAUUGUGUAAAUGAGAUUAGUCCUCUGAAUUUCUUCAUGAUAAUGGACAUGCCAGAGAACUCUGCGUUUUUUAGCUCAGAUAAUUUCAGGGCUAGCAUGAUAGUUACUGUGGUAGAAACUCUACGAGGAUAUGUUGAAGUUUAUGAAGGGCUGAAUUCUUUCCCAGAAAUAUUCUUGCCAAUAUCAACAUUGUUACUGGAAGUGGCUAAACAGGAACACUUGCCGGCUGCAUUACAAGAUAAAUGUAAGGAUGUUGCUGAACUUAUUAAGAGGAAAGCUAAUGAAAAAUACGAGCUGAGGCGACCGCUUCAAAUGCGGAAGCAGAAGCCAGUGCCUAUCGUACAACUUAAUCCGAAAUUUGAAGAGAACUUUGUUAAGGGUAGAGAUUAUGAUCCAGAUCGUGAACGGGCUGAAGCAAGAAAGUUAAGGAAACUCGUAAAAAGAGAAGCUAAAGGGGCGGCUCGCGAACUGCGAAAGGACAAUUAUUUCUUAUUUGAAGUAAAGGAAGGACAAAAGGCUCAAAUGCAAGAAGAAAGAGCAGAGAUGUAUGGAAGGGCAAGGGCUUUCCUCCAAGAGCAAGAACAUGCAUUCAAAUCUGGGCAGCUAGGAAAAGGCGGUAAGAGAAGAAGAUAGAAACGGAACAUACAGAUUUUAUAUGUUCGUCCUAGUUGCAUCUUUCCCUUGUGGUCUUGCUGAUUCCCCACACAUGAUUUUUUUUUUUUUUUUUCUAAUUAUCAAUAUUAUUAAAAAUAGUAUCUGAUAUAUUACAUUGUAGUUUAUUUAGGAUAGGUCUUGAAGAAUGGCUGCUGCUUUGCUAUGUAUUAUUAUUUUCUUUUGGGUGCAAGGCAGUAACUUAGAUUCAUUAAAAAAUUUCAACAUGCAAGAUUUUUGUAUUUUCUAAAUUAAAUUCAUCGGUUGAGGUUCCAGUGUGUU